AUGACCGAGGAAGAAGCUUUCGCGCUGGUGGAGGAAGCUUUCGAGAUGACUCCUCGAACAUGGAGGCAAUUCUAUCAGCCUCUAACGAUUGCUGAAAUUGGGCGAGCACAGAAGAAUGACAAAUAUGUGCAAACCCUCAGGCAGCAAGCACCAGACCGUCUUGGUGAGUUCUUCGAAGACAUCGGAAGAAAGAGCGGACCUGACAGGGUCAUCACUGAGACAGAUGUGGUAGAUGGAGACCACCGCAUCAUUGUGCCGGCGGCAUUGACUCAACGAUUGAUGGAGUGGUAUCACACCACUCUAGUUCAUCCCGGAGUGAACCGUCUGUACAAUACUUUACGACAACAUUACACGUGGCCGAAGAUGUUAGAACAGAUUCGGACCUACAUUAGGAGCUGUCAUGCAUGUCAACUAGGUAAGCGAGGAAUGCGAGGUUACGGUAAGAUUCCAUUGAAAGAUACAGAGACCGAGCCAUGGAAGGACGUGGCAGUGGACCUUUCCGGACCGUGGAAAGCAACGGUGGACAACAAGGAAAUUGCAACCAAGCACCUCAAGGAAGAUCCCAUCAAGGAUCUGACAAGUGCGGCGGCCUAUGCUAUGAGAGCAACUGUCCAUGGAGUGACCAAGUAUUCACCAUCUCAACUGGUUUACCAGAGAGAUAUGAUUCUGAGGACUAAGAUGGAGGCGGACGUCGAACGUGUUCGACAACGCAGAGAAGCAGCGAUCCAAGUGAACAACACUCGAGAAAACCGAAGAAGGAUUGCCCAUAACUACAAGAAGGGUGAUCACGUUCUGAUUAAGAGCAGUUCGAUGGAUCCGAAGAUGCAACUCAACGUUGGCCCUUUCAAGGUGGUGAGUUUCAACAAAGCAUCAGGAACUCUUCAUAUUCAGCGAAGGAACUACAUCGAGCCCAUCAACAUUCGAUUAGUGCGACCAUACUUUGGAAGCACGACUCGCUGGGCUAUUGCAGAGCCCCUACAUGCUGGUGGCGACUGUCGAGGAUAG